ACCUGUGCACAUGUAGCUCUUCCCUUUACCAGCUGUACCCCGGCGGGUCUGGCAUGGGAUACCUGGAUCUGUACAGGAACUCAGUGGGGGAGGCAGGACAUGCUGCUGCUUCAGUUGGGCCAGCAGCAGCAGCAGCCAGUAGCAGUCUAUCUCUGGAGUCAGGAGAGAAGGGGCAGACUGCAGGUGAAGACUUGGUUCCAAAACCAGAGGAUGAAGAUGAAAAGGUGCCAGAAGAAUACCUUGUGGACUGCUUGGAUUCGGUGCUUCAUGCAAGUAAGAAUAUGUGGACAACUUAACCAUAUACAGAACAGCUUCCAGCCAAAUUCUUACCUGGAUGUGUACCCAGAAUUCCACCAGGGCUACACAAUUACUGAAGCCAGCAACAUCCAAACAAUGCCUACCCCUUGUCAACACUACAGAGCAGGGCAGAAUGCUUACCCCAUUGUGACCAGCAAUGAUGGAGGAGUCUUUUACAAAGGUGGAGGCACCUGCAGCAUCCAGCAAACAGUGAGCUUCAUUGCCCAGCACAAAGUAGACUUUUAUCAUAGCUAUCCUGGCAGUGUGGAAUAUUCAUGCACAAAGACAAAUGAUGGCUAUAACUUCCACCAGUCAGCCCCCAUGGGGGCAUCAUUCCCAGCCACUGCUAGCCACCAACUCUAUCAUUUCUAAACACUGUGGAUGUGAGGAAUUUGGGCACCUUGGAAUCAAAUCUUCUCAUCUCUCCCUUCGUUAUUCACGUAAACUCCAUCUGAGGGUCAUCAUAUAAUGGAAUCCAUUUUGGGACCCAAAUAUUUGCUUGCAAGCAUAGCCAGACAUACAAGUGCUUGCACGGACAUGUAUACAUAGCCCUUCAUUCAUAUGCCUUUACAUGUACACAGGUACACACUCUUCUUUCUUUGCAAAUAUAAAUUCCCUUACUAGACUAUCUGACUAGGCUGACUAGAUUAUGCCCUAGAUCGUCAAACCAAGGACCUCAAAACUUAUGUAAGCAAGUACAGAUGCAUUUAAUGUAUACAUAUCGUUAUAUGGCUGUAUAUACAUAACACACAAAGAAACACGCUGUAUGUAGAGAUGCUGGUCCCAUACUUUUCAAUGACAUUGAAUAAGUUUUGUCACACACCUGGUAUCUAUCUGAUGGUUAGAUCACCAGUUCUGCAGGUUAGUCACAAGUUACAUGAUUGAUAAAGUAUAUAGCAAAGGGAGAUUUGACAAGUUGCUUGCAGAAAAGGUGUUGAGAUGAUCUAAUAAGGAUCAAAAUGAUAAAUAAACUUUAUUCUAUCUUCCUUUGUCUCCUAUUAAGAAAACCUAAAAAGUUCACUAUAUAUAGCGAAUAAUUAAAUAUAUUUUCAUGUGGGUUAUGUAUUUUCCUGUGUUAUUUUCAUUAUAAUAGGGCAUCACUAUUUGAAACCUAAAUGGAGCAAAAAUAGCCAUAGCAACCACAUGCCAUUGUUAUUACUGAUCUGAAUGUGAAACUAUAAACAAACACUUUUCUGUGCUAUCAAUCAGUGGGUUAGCUUCAUGACUGUUGGCAAGGCCAGAUAUCUAGAGUUAAGGGACCAGCAGGGUAACUCCCUGCCUGCCUUUAGAAUCUUCCCUACCCAGCAAUAUUUAAUAAUGGCACCAGGCUCGGAUAUACACAUAUCAUCAUUUCUAACUUUGAUACUGUAUAGGCAUCUUAAGUAUCUCAGAACAGGUAUGCGUAUCAAAGUAUGAUCAACAGUAGGGCCACACUUCCCUGAGACACAGCUUUUCUCUAAGACUUUGAUAACAAUAAUAUUUUAUUAAUGUGAAGUAGUUGUCAUGGUUAAAAAAAAUAAGCAUAGGAUGAAGGCAAAUACCUGAGACUGGAGUAAUAAGAUGUGUGGUCUUCUGUUGGCAAAGCUGUGCUGUUUUCCUGCCUCUCAGGGUUGUUUCCUGCUACACCCAUUCCCUCAUGUAGCAACACUCUGACCUGUUGGUUAUACAGCUACACUGUUUACAGGUCUGUACUAUAAACUCCAUGGCAAAAAACAGAGUUUUUUGAAGGAUCAACUUGUAUCUCAGAUCACUUCAGAGCUCCAUUUUAAAGCACAGCUCCACCACCACACCUAUCCUACUUCUAUCAAGUGCCUAAGCUUGGGAAAUACUUGUUCUUGCAACCACUACACUAACAGAGAGGUUGGGAUUGAUUGGGUAAGCUUAACUGAAAGCAGCAUAAAGGCGGUGGUUAACAUCUCAACAAUAACAACUAUCAGGGCUCUGAUGUGAACUGCUCAUGCCAUUCCAAUAAAUGCUGUUGUAGGUAAAAAUAAAAAUAAAAAAAUAAAAAAUAAAAA